AUGUCUGCACUGCACAGACUGCAUGAGGACCUCCCAGAUCCAGGAUCUGCAAGAGACACAUCCUUACCUAGUUCCUCAUCAAGCGAGCACAUCUUUCAGAUGAGAACUGGAGCUGUUGUGAUAGAUAUUGGCACAGGGAGCUGUAAAGCAGGGUUUGCUGGACAACAGAAACCCAUAUCUGAAAUCAGCACCUUGGUUGCCUAUUCUUCAGAGCAAUCCCCAGGAUCAGAAAAGGCCAGGCCUCACACCUUCUUCAGGGAGGAAGCCUUGCUUCAUGCCGAUAUCGACAUUAUUGGACUUAUGCAGAGCGGCACCAUCAUCAACUGGGAGGUGGCCGAAAUCCUGUGGCAGCACAUGUUCUGCAACGAACUCAUGGUACCCCCUGAGGAGCACGCUUUACUCAUCACAGAUCCCCCCCUGAGCCCUGUCACCAACCGAGAAAAGAUGGUGGAGCUGGCAUUUGAGUCGCUGCACUCCCCUGGCAUUUACAUUGCCUCGCAGUCCGUCCUCUCAGUAUACGCCCAUGGUCGAACCAGUGGUUUGGUCGUGGAUGCAGGCUAUGCCGUCACCCACACCGUGCCUGUCCACGAGGGUCGCAGCUUACCACACGCGGUCGAGGUAAUGGAUAUUGCCGGAUCCCACAUGACGCGUUACCUGAUGCAGCUUCUCAGGGACUCUGGGUACAUGCUCAGUGAAAGGAUGACCCAAGUCAUAGAAGACAUCAAACACAAAUGCUGUUAUGUUGCUUCUGACUUUGAAAAUGAGUGCUGCCUCCCUAAGGCCAUCUACACAGUGGAUUUCCCCUUGCCCGAUGGUCAGACCAUCACUCUUGGGAAGGAGAGGUUCCAGUGCCCAGAGUUGCUCUUCAACCCCCCUCAGGCACAUGGGAUUCCUUAUGUGGGCAUACACAAGAUGGCCCAGAGAAGUCUAAACAAAGCACCAGAAGCAGUCAGGGAAAAUAUGUACAGAAACAUUCUCCUGUGUGGAGGGUCCUCUCUCUUUGAGGGGCUGGAGAAGAGGUUUUCCAGUGAACUCCUCCAAGAAAUGCCCUCUAAUGCCAAAAUCAGAGUAUCUGCCAUCCCCCUGAGGAGAUACUCUGCCUGGAUGGGGGGGUCUAUCCUCGCCUCCCUGACAAACUUCCAGUCAUGCUGGAUCCGAAAGGAGGAGUACAGUGAACAUGGACCAUGCAUUGUCCAUCAGAAAUGCUACUGA